UUGGAGUGUAUUGAUUGGUUCUUUUGGGAGAGAUCUUACGCCCCCCUCCAUUAAAUGAUGAAUUAAUUCGUUAACGUAGUUUUUGAAUAAUUAUUAUAGUUUUUGAAUAAUUAUUAUCCUCUACCUGUCAACGUGUGGAGAAACAAAAGUUUGUUGUGAUCGUUGUGCUACGAAAAAUUUCAAAGCUCUUUUCCCAGUUUAUUUUUACGCUUCAACAGCUUCCCGAAUGGACUCCGGAUCCGCUGACGUUGGUUCCCGCCGCAACGGAGGACGCUCUUGCCCGGCGCAUGCCACCAAACGAGGUGACCUUUACUGCCUAACGUGCGAAGUGGUCGUUUGUUCGGAAUGUCUGAUCGGUUCCCGAGGCCAUGCCCGCCAUUCCAUCGACACCGUCCGAGACACUUACGCGGGACGAUUCCAGGAAACUCGUUUGAAGGUCGAAAUGCUCAACUCGCACAUCAGGACCCUACGUCGGAACGCGGAGAAAUUUUUUACGGUGCUGGAAACCAUUCGUCAUGAGGAAACUUCGAUCCUGGAACGAUUGGACCGCUUGGUGGCGGAUGCAAAGGCAGAAGUGGUGGGUUCAUCCAAAAAGUAUGCCGAACAGCUAGAGCCACUGCUUCUGACCACUCGACUCAAAAGCCACAACCGGGAUCGAAUCGUGAGCAAAAUAGCGUCGCUCAGCGAGGGCGAAUUCCUGAUGCAACAGACAGAUAUCGACAAACAGUGCGAUGGUCUCAUGGGCUCAAUGUACAGCAUUCCGGAACUGCUCGACGAAAGCGACAGCGUUACAUGCUCCCUACUUCCCACAAUCGAAAUGCAUUCUUAUGAGCUCAAAUUGGAAGGCCAAUCCAUCAUUCCGCUCUCCUACGUUGAUCGCUACAGCAUUAAAUGGUAUUUGCAACUGGAGCGAACGAACAAACUCACGUUGCAUCUGGACACAAAGGAACUGGAUGGACUGCGAGGCUGUUUCCUCUUCCUGCUAGAUAUUCCAGACAAGCUAGCUUUGAAGAAAAUUAAACUUUCUGUUCCCUUCACUCUACCGGAUGUGUCGGCUUCUGACCAGAUCACCAAGGUUUUAGUGACCGAUUUGUCCCAGUUUCAAAAGAAAGGACUCCUCACGGAAGACGAUCCGAUGCGAAUUUCACUUGGCAUCGGACCACAGGAUCCGAUAUCCGAACGGAACUGCUACGACUUCGUGCUGCUGAAGUACCGGAAAAAGGUUCGAUCCCUCCGAGGCGAGUUGGUCGAGUGGAAAACGUACAACAUCGGCCACUUCGUUAUGGACAAGUGCCCUCCUCUGGGAUCCAAACAGGCGAAAACGCUGCAAUCUUCGGCAAUGGUGGAUGAGAACGGUGUUCGUUGGCAGUUAAAGAUUUCCAUCAACGGAAAAGGCAACAAGGGUUUUGUCGGAGCCACGCUGUUCAAGUGCACCCCGAAAUACGAAGGGUGGUACGAUUUCUUCAUCGAGCUGUUGCAUCUGCGGUCGGAGCAGCAGAACCGUAUAUUUAGGGGAUGCUACCAAUUCGAUACGCGUCCGGCAAUUGUGCUGCCACAGUUUAUGGCGGUGGUGUUCCUGGAUCAAUUUCAGGACAAGGGGACGUUGCGGUUCCGCUUCGGAGUGAAGAGGGAGAAAUAACCCAAGAUCAGGUAUGGUAAUGCAGUUUUCUUCGAUUUACGUUUUUGAAAUUUAUUCAAAAGCCAGAAUUCAACGGAGCUAAAGUUAACAUAGUAUUAGAACAAAAAAAUAUGUAUACAUUGUCUAUGUAGUACAUAAUCAAAUCAAAUUCUACCGUUUGAAAAGCUCACUUUUAAAAGAUUACAUUUUUGAAUACAAAAUUACACGGCAUUUAUCAAACAUCAGUGCUCCAGGUGUAAAAAGGUGUGCGUUGAUCUAUUACUGCAUAAUAUAGUUAUUUUUUGAAGCAAUCUA